GACCAUCCGUCCCUUUCACUGUUUGUCGGUGGUGGUGCUAUUGCGCGUGUGGCAGCGAAAACCCUCUCAGCAUCCCGACAGACAGACGGAGGAAGCAGAAACCUGCUGAGCAGCACAGUGAAGACAGCAGCAGCAGCAGCAGCAGUAUCGGAGCGAAAAAAGAAAGAAAGCAGAAAAGGGCAUUUCGUGACUAUUGUGUUGCGUUUUGUUUGUCAAACGAACGACAACAACGGCUACACACGCACAGCAGCAGUGGGCAGCCUGGGCAGUGUUUCGCGUGUGUCGCGUGGCGAUUUCGGGCAGUGGGUAGUGCGUUUGCGUUUUCGUGCGUGUUUUCGAUCCGCGCCCCGUUAGUGCAAAAAAAAAAAAGAUUUACACAAAAGAAGACGCGCUCUCUCGCUCUCUCGCUCUCUCUCGCGUGCGCGCGCUUGUUCCCGUUCCCUCCCUGCCUUUCGUAAUACGAUUGAUCUCGGGCGCGACCACACACACACACACGGCGAAGUGGAAGUAGCGGGAGGCACUGAAGAAGCAAGAAGAGCAGCUCUUAUUCAGCAGCCCACCUCCGUCGGCGCGGGGCAAAAAAGGUUUUUCUUCCUUCAGCCACACACAACGACGCGGGAGGAGGACGACGACCAGGACCACCCACCCACCCAACCCAGCCAGCCUCUUUUGUGUGAUCACCCCCCCCCCCCCCCCAGCCCCUCUCGAAGUGCGCGCGUCCCUCGCAACAAUUACACACACGAUCGGUUCUUGUGUUCUCUCUUCCCUGCCGCCCGUUCGCGCGAGUGAAACAUUUCUCCAACCACCACCCCCCCCCCCCCAGCAACCACCAAAACCACACAAACACAGUGCCCGUCCGCACGGUCCGCGGGUUCUCCGAUGUCGUCCAAACGGAAAUCGCCCCCGAACAAGCUGUCGAAUGCGGUGACGAUCGAGAAGAACAACUUCAAGAAGAUCUCGCUGAAGAAUGAGGAGUUCCUGAAGUCGUCCCCGGUGAAGGAGCUGAACUGCACGUUCGACGCGAACUUCCUCGCGAUGCAGAAGAUGAGCGCCGAUCCGAAGUAUCUCAAGCACGACGAUCUGCUCGGCCCGCGGCCCGACGAGCAUCUGCUGCCGAUCGAGCACGACUUCCACUACAACCUGCCGUUCCUGAACGUGGCGAGCUACAUCCUGAAGGGUUCGGAUCCGGCGCUCAACAAGACGGACAACUUCCAGCUCACGAUGAACCUGGACGGCUUGAACAUCUCGAACAGUGGGAAUCACCAUCACCACCACCAUAACCACCACCACCAUCACCACCAGCGUCAGGAGGCGACACCACCGUCCCCGGUGUCGCCGUCGUCGGUGGCGGCGGUGGCUGGCGCGGCGGCACCCGCCCCGAAGCUGCCCCCGGGCGUCCCCAGUGCGCCGCGCAAGAUCAACAACAUGAUCCUGAACCACCUGAAGUCGAUCGUCGACAACUUUGACAGCUUGAACAACAACGUUAAUGACAAGAACAACUACGGUGGUGCAUCGAACUGUCAGGGCGAGGACUUGCCGGCACACAUGUCACCGCCGGUCGAGCAGCCGGCAGUGCCGCAGCUGAACAACCAGUACGCCGAGAAGAACAAUCUGGAGUCGUUCCGGUCGCGGCUGGACGAGCGCAUCACCAAUCUGCAGCUCAGCAUGAGCGAGAUCUACCUGAUGCGGCUGAACCUGAGCCUGCUCGACUUCCCGAACGAGAUACCGAGCACGCUGUUGCACAAUCACAGCCAGCCGCACCACGGGACUGCGGAGGAGCCGUCGCCGAACCGGAACUGCAGCUCCCAGAACACGCAGAACAACAUCAAGCUUAUCAAAAGAAGCUUCAAGGAGUCGCUCUACGAGAAGGAGAAGAACAUCAACCGACUGAUCAUGUACUUCACGAUAUGGCGCGAGAUGCUGCUGAAGGCAGAAUUUGGCGAGAACCGCCGCUACAAGCAGAACAACAAUUCCAAGAGCAACCUCGAGCAAUCGCUGCUGAGCGGCGGAAGCGGGACAGCUGCCGGCAGCAGCAGCACCUCCUCGUCCGGCCUGCCCUGCGAGCCGCCGGCCCGGCUCGUCCCGGGCGGCAACGGGAUGUCGCCGGCGGCGUCCUCCACCGCCUCCCUGCCCCCCGCGACGCCCACGGCCGCGAGCGGGCUAGGGUCGCCGAACCGCAGCACCUCGGCCGGCGGCACCAGCACCACCGUGAUCGACUGUGAUAUAGCCGGGCCGGGCGAGCUGGCGACCGAGCCGGACAACUGCAUACGCCGGUACCAGAACGUGUUCCAGUCGAUCGCCUGCAAGAUGUCGGGCGGGGUCGAGCUGGGCGGCGGCGGCGGCGGGCAGCUUGUCGGGCAGCAUGCGGGCGCCGGCGUCUACCAGCCGGCGGGCGGCAGCAGCAGUGGCGGUGCUGGCGCUCCGGGCAGCAGCGGAGGAGGGGGUGGCAAUAUGAGGCGCAAUCCACGCAAGCGGCCGCACCUGAUGCCGCCGGAGGCCGACCCGGAGCAGAUGAUGCUGUCGAAGCAACCGAUGCUGGCGGGGCCGCCGCUGAACUGCACCGGCACGGCGGGCGGGCCCGCCCUCACCCUGUACGACGAGUACGAGAAGGCGAAGGAGGAGGAAAACCAAAGAUACGCGAAGGAGCCGGACGCACCGAUCAAUCUGUCCAAGCGGAAACCGUCGAGGGACAGUCCGCUUGCGCCCGGCACGCUGGAGCUGAGCAACGGGUCGAAGCUCCCCGGGAUGCUUCCCGGGAGUAGUGGAGGUGGUGGUGGUGGGGGUGGCGGAGGUGGCGGAGGUCCAUUUGGACCGGCCGGGUUGUUUGCGGGCUGCGAUACGGACGAGCUGAACCACCGGCUGGAGCUGAUGUCGGACAAGGUCGGGCUGCUGCCACCGACGGCCGUUGCGCUGCUGGAGAAGGAGUCGGACAAGUACUUCCUCAAGUCGAAGCGCGACCGGCUCGAGCUCGACCCGAACCACCUGUUCGACUAUCCCGGCCCCAGCCCGGACGGGCUGCACAAGCACGCCAAGCUGAACCUGUACCACCAGUCGCCGAGCCCGCACCAUGGCAGCCCGGACGACAGCAAGCAGGGCGGGGGGCUCGGGGGGCUCGGCGAGUCGCCGUACCCGCUGGCGCAGCAGUUCUUCAUCAAGGCGGCCGACGGUGGACCGGGCGGGCCGGGACUGUCACCGUUCAACAGCAACGCGAUGCUCGACAACAUGAACCGCCAUCUGAUCCAGCGCCAGCAAACGAUGGCCGCCGUUAGUGGGGGAGCUGCCGGCGGCGGCGGUGGUGGUGGUGGAGGUGGUGGCGGUGCCGGUGGUGGUGGUGGUGGCGGCGGAGGCGGGGGCGGUAGUGGCAAGAAGGACAAGGGCCUGUCGCUCGGCGGCCUGGAUCUCGGACCGGACCUCGGCACCGGCCGGAGCCGCUCGUCCAGCACGGAGAAGAACCACAUCAAGCGGCCGAUGAACGCGUUCAUGGUGUGGGCGAAGGACGAGCGGCGCAAGAUACUGAAGGCCUGCCCGGACAUGCACAACUCCAACAUCUCCAAGAUACUGGGCGCCCGGUGGAAGGCGAUGACGAACCUGGAGAAGCAGCCGUACUACGAGGAGCAGGCGAAGCUGUCCAAGCAGCACAUGGAGAAGCAUCCGGACUACCGGUACCGGCCGCGGCCCAAGCGCACCUGCAUCAUCGACGGCAAGAAGAUGCGCAUCUCCGAGUACAAGUGUCUGAUGAAGAACCGGCGCCAGGAGAUACGGCAGUUCUGGACGCGCGACUACGACAGCGGCACCGACCAGAAGUGUCCGAUGAAGGACGCUGGCAAGGUGAUCAAGAAUGAGGCCAUGUAAAUUCCAAACCCCCUUUUGUGCGGGGAGGGUGGAAGGGAGGGAGCGGGAAGGAGGGGGGGGGGGUCGUAUACCAACAGCUCCCAUACGCUGGACCGGUCAUCAACGUCUUGCUCUUCCGGCUUACCCUUUUUUUUUCGAAACACACGUACACAAAGAAUCGCCACCAGCUCCUACCGCUCCUCUCCCUCCAUAUUUAAUACAUACUUACUUUAACCUUGGCACCGUGUAAUCUCUGUAUUCCGAGUGUAGAUGUUAAUGCUUCCAAGGUUCCACGCAAGGUGACGAACAGAAAGCAGAAAUAAACAAAAAUCAAAAAUGCGUCAUCGCAUUCAAUCAAAAAUCAAA